GCGGGGCGCCGUGCUCGGGUCGGCCGAAUGGGUCGCCCUCUGGGCGCGCAGGGCGAAGCGCCUGUGCGCCGACACCGUCAACAGGAGCUCCUUCCAGGCCCUGAUGCUCGUCUUCACGGUGUACGCCCUGUUCGGCGACGACUUCCGCGUGUCCCUGACCUCGCAGCCGGCCGACCUCGUGUUUAACGUCGUCACGUGCCUGGCCCUGGCGCUGUUCACCUUCGAGCUGGUGAUCUCCAGCAUCGGCAAGGCGGACUACUUCCUGAGCUUUUUCUUCUGGCUGGAUCUGAUCGCCACCCUGUCCCUCAUACUCGACAUAACCUACAUCUACGAUGAGUUCAUCAACCUCACCCAGGAUGCCGAGGACAGCGAGCUGGCCCGCACUGGCCGCGCGUCCCGCGUGGGCACCCGGGCGGGCCGGGUGAUUCGGGUCAUCAGAGUGAUCCGGUUGGUACGGAUCAUCAAGCUCUGGAAGGCCUUCCUUCAGGCUCAGAAGAGGCUGAAUGGCAACACCGACCAGGAGGGCGCUGGCCCCGGAGAGGGGAUCGAGGACGAGAGUUACAGGGAGUCUCGCGUGGGCCAGAAGCUAUCUUACAUGACCACCCAGAAAGUCAUACUGCUCAUCCUCUCUCUGCUCAUCGUGCUGCCGUUUGUUAGCGUGGACAGCUUCCUCAAGGAACUCCCCACGUCCGCCGUCUACGGCGCCGACGUCGUCCAGAGGGCUUUCUCGCAGUGCAGAACCGCCAACGCAUACCUCGGCGGCGCGCGAGAGCUGAACUCGACGCACUCCUGCGAGAGGUUCGAGAAGCAGCUCACCAUGUACAUCGGGUUCCACCACAGCCUGGAUGGCACCGGCUGCAGCAGCGGCCUCAGGCAGGCGUUCGACUCCUCGUGCCGGACCUCGGCUGGAUCGGCUUCCGUGCGGACGCCGCGUUCGGCGGCUACGCGUACAAGCCCAUCGCGGAGCACUGGAGCGACCUCUUCGGCGGUGCCCCCGAGGGAGGCCUCCUGGGGCUGGGCGUGCAGGCGAAGCUGGACGGGGGGCAGGCGCGGGCGUGCGAGGAGAGCCUGA